GGACGAAACAUUCAACCUAAAGUAUCUCCUGGGAUCACAGCAAAUUCCUUUCAUAGGAAUGAUGCUGCAUACUUUGUCAUCACCCACAACAGUAGAUUUCUGUUCAUAUUUCCGGGUGUACGAUGCGAUAUAGACCACGUCUGCUUUUGCGAGAAAGUUCUCAUUACGUGCUUCAACUCGCUUAAGGGAAGAACAUACACAGGCUUUGUUUUCUUUUCUCUCACAUUUUGUUUAGUAAAAAAAAGAAGUGGAUAGUAAAAAACGUAAUAUGUUGUGUGCACGGCAGUGCAUGCUACCUUCAGUACUUCUCAAAGUUGCAUUUGGUUUCUUUAACAUGAAAUAAAUGGUGCUGUGCCAUGAAGGGUAUGCUGUUAAUGGGAGUUAAUGGGUAUGAGCACCAGUAUUUCCUGUUAAAACUCAUUGCAAAUGAUCAUUUUCUGUUCAGACAUGGAUGAUAUCGCUCAAUACAAGUGUAUGACUUGCUUGCAGGUGUCUGGAAUGCCUGAUGUUAUUGGUUGCAUAGAUGGAUCCUACAUCAAGAUACAGUGCCCGGACAAGAAGGUUGCUUCAACAUAUUGUAACAGGCACCACUACCUUUCACUGACACUGCAAGCCGUCUGCGAUGACAAAAGACGCUUCCUUGAUGUAUUCAUUGGAAGCUCAAGCAAAAUGCAUGAUUCCCAUGUGUUCAGCUUGUCGCCACUUUCAAAGAAAAUCUCUGCCGUAUGUCAGGGGUCUUUCCAUCUUUUAGGGGACGCAGCGUAUCCACUGCGGGAAUACCUGUUGACACCCUACAGGGAUUAUGGUGCUUUGACAAAACAGCAAAAAGGAUUUAAUUAUAAGUUUUCAGCCACAAGAGUGCUCAUCGAAAAUGCGUUUAGCAACCUCAAAAAGCGCUUCAGACAGCUGAUGUAUCUUGAGCUCCGCACUAUUCAGUGGCUCAAUAAGUUCAUCAUAAGCUGCUGCAUUCUCCACAACUUGUGCAUCGAGUAUGGUGAUGUAGAGCCAGAUGAUGAUGAUGAUGAACAAGUACCCAAUGAUGUACAGUGGCAGAACUGCAGUGAUAAUCACAUUGACGAAUCUGGUGAAGAGCGAGCACUGCGCAGGCUUGGGGAAAUUAAGCGCACGAAAGUCUUGGCAAAGUUCCUGUAGAAAAAUUGUGGGCACUAAACCAUCCUGCUCCAAAGUGUACUUUUCCUCUAGCUUCAAAACACCAUAAGCCCUAAAUGGAUUCUGCUGCAAACUCUUCGUUUCCUUGAGCUUCAAAACACCAAAAGCCACUUUAAUAACAGCACUAGGCUUUACGUGCGUAAUCAUGCAAUGAUGGUAUGACAUUCUUUGUAGCUCUGUAAUUACCUGGAUGUAAACGUAAGAACCACUAGCUCCGAACCAUUGGAGCUGGUGCAUCGAAAUAAAGCUGCAGCAAGCUGGUGAAUCAAAAAGUCCAUGCAGUAGUUGGGGGCUGCGGUAUGUGUACUAACGCACAGCCCCCUUUAAAUACACAAGCACACGUUUGGCACUAUACACUUUUAUUUUAACAUGCUGACAUUCACACUGGAAUUUUUUUAUUCGCCCUCAAGGCCAAGAGCACGGCUUAAAAGCAUCAUUUUUUCGGCGUGCUGCUUCGCUUUUUCUCGGCGAAUACUCUCUUCGUACUCUUGCCUCUGUUGGUGGCGCUUCUCUCU